GCUCGCCGCCCGCUCCCGGCUCCGGCGCUGCCCGUAUCGGUCCGUCCCCUCCGCGGGGGGCUGCGGCCGCUCGCACCCCCCUCGGCUCGGCAAGGUCAGCUCCAAGACUACUGCACCUGGAAGCACAGUAUGGGGAGAAGAUACUGAAGACAAGCUGCUACAUCAGUUCUCCAAGGAGUAGAAGCUUCUAUUAAGACUUCAAGAGGAUACUGUCAACUGGUAAACGUAUAUUCAGCCUGGGGGCCAAGAAAAGAGCAGCACUGGCUGUAGGUUUGCUGGCAUGGGUAAUCUCAUUAAGGUGCUAACCAGGGACAUAGACCACAAUGCAGCACAUUUUUUCUUGGAUUUUGAAAAUGCCCAGCCUACUGAAUCUGAAAAGGAAAUUUACAAUCAGGUGAAUGUAGUAUUAAAGGAUGCCGAAGGAAUCCUGGAAGACUUACAGUCCUACAGAGGAGCUGGGCACGAAAUACGAGAGGCAAUACAGCACCCCAGUGAUGAAAAAUUGCAGGAGAAGGCAUGGGGUGCAGUCGUUCCACUAGUAGGCAAGCUAAAGAAAUUCUAUGAAUUUUCUCAACGGCUAGAAGCAGCAUUGCGAGGUCUUUUGGGAGCCCUGACAAGCACUCCAUAUUCGCCCACCCAGCACCUGGAGCGAGAGCAGGCUCUUGCUAAGCAGUUUGCAGAAAUUCUUCAUUUCACACUCCGAUUUGAUGAACUCAAGAUGACAAAUCCUGCUAUACAGAAUGACUUCAGCUAUUACAGAAGAACUUUGAGCCGUAUGAGGAUUAACAAUGUCCCAGCAGAGGGAGAAAAUGAAGUAAAUAACGAAUUGGCAAACAGAAUGUCUUUAUUUUAUGCUGAAGCAACGCCAAUGUUGAAAACCUUAAGUGAUGCGACAACAAAAUUUGUGUCAGAGAAUAAAAAUUUACCCAUAGAAAAUACUACGGACUGUUUAAGCACCAUGGCUAGUGUGUGCAGAGUCAUGCUGGAAACUCCUGAAUACAGAAGCAGGUUUACAAAUGAGGAAACAGUAUCAUUCUGUCUGAGGGUAAUGGUGGGUGUCAUCAUACUCUAUGACCAUGUGCAUCCAGUGGGCGCUUUUGCCAAAACUUCAAAAAUUGAUAUGAAAGGAUGCAUCAAAGUCCUUAAGGACCAGCCUCCUAACAGUGUAGAAGGCCUUCUAAAUGCUCUCAGGUACACAACAAAGCAUUUGAAUGAUGAGACUACCUCCAAGCAAAUUAAAUCUAUGUUGCAAUAACAAUUACCUGGAAUUAGGAACUGCUGAAAACAGAAAACAGUGUUCUGCAAUGACUGAGAUGCACACACUUUUUUAGUGAUUGCAACUACUAUUUCAUUCAUCCUUGCUUUCUAUUUUCUUUUCUCUUCCUCUUUUCCUUUUUUUAAUCAUAUGUUCUUGUUCUUCAGUAAGCUCAGACUUCUUUUCUGUGCCAAAUCAAUAAGAAAUUAUGAAUUCUGGGAUGUAAUUUUUUACUUUUCAGAACAGCCAUCUUAAGUGGCAGCUAAUUAUGCAUUGCAUUCGCAUUUCUCUGUACUGGAGAAAGUUCUGUGACUUGAACUAAAUAUUUUUAAACUUGUGGUUUUCUUUUUUUUUUUUUUUUUUUGGAAAAACUAAUAUUUAAUAUUGCUUCUUCUGCAUGGCAAAACUGCCUAUUUCUGCUAUUUAAAAAUGACUUCAUUUUCUAUUGCAGCUUAUUUUCAUGUGCAACCAUGAGGAAAUGUAAGAACAGAUUUGUUUAAAUUAAAUGUGUUUGUACAAAAUGGUACCCAACACAGGUUUUUUUAAAUGAGUAAAAAUGGUUUUGUUUAAAAGUUACGUUUGCAUUUUGACUCAUUUUUGUAAGGGUGUAUGUUGUAUGUUUAACCUUUAAUAACUAACGUUAAAAACUGUGGUGUGUGCGUAGCAAAAUACGUAUGCAUGUUCAUGUCAAAUGAUUGGCUGUGGUUAAGAUAAUAAAAUCAGCUUUCAUUUUUCUAAGUGUGGUUUGAUUUACCAGUAUUUUGAGUGAGAUGUCUUUCGUGCUUUUGAAUUUUUACAAAGAAUAAAUUUUUUUAUAAAUUUUA